AAAUACUAUAUGGUAAAUACUAAAACUUGCAUUUGCUCAAAGAAUAAGCACAUUUAUACAAGGUGUGUAAGGAGCCUGCAAAGGACUUGUGGUGUGGAAAGUGGUUUUUCAAGAUUAUUUGAUUAUAUUGUUUAGUAACUGUUUUAGGUUGCACAGAGAUUAUACUUGACAUGAAUCCAGAUGUAAAGUUUGUUGCAUACCAUGACAAUAUAAUGAACCCUGAAUACAAUGCAGAUUUUUUCAAACAGUUUACAAUAGCUAUGAAUGCCCUAGAUAAUAAAGCGGCCCGAAGUCAUGUGAAUAGAAUGUGCCUUACUGCUGAUGUUCCAUUGAUUGAAAGUGGCUCUGCAGGUUAUCUUGGUCAAGUCACUGUAAUCAAAAAGGGAUUUUCAGAAUGUUACGAGUGCCAACCCAAGCCUGCUCAAAAGACGUAUCCAGGGUGUACCAUAAGAAAUACUCCAUCUGAGCCAGUACAUUGUAUUGUAUGGGCAAAGCAUCUCUUUAACCAAUUAUUUGGAGAGGCAGAUGCAGAUGCUGAAGUUUCCCCAGACACAGAGGACCCAGAAUUAAAUGAGGACAAUGGCAAUAAUGAGGAGAAGAUACAAACAACAACAAAUGAAGAGGAGAGUGAAAUUAAAAGAAGAUCUACUAGAAAAUGGGCAGAGGAAGUUCAAUAUGAUCCUGCAAAAUUGUUUUCAAAAUUUUUCUUCACUGACAUAAAUUAUUUGCUGUCAAUGGAUAAAUUAUGGAAAAAGCGUAGACCACCAGUUCCGUUACCUUGGGAUAAAGCUCUGAACACAGAUAAUACAACGAAUGAAAAGGCUAGUGUAGACGACAAUAUCAAAAGAGUAUGGAGCGUAAAGGAAUGUGCUGAAGUUUUUGGCAAAAGUCUCGCUCUACUGAAGAAAAAGUUUGAGACAAUUGGAGAGUUUCUCGUUUGGGACAAGGACGAUGAUGUGGCAAUGGACUUCGUUGUUGCUGCUUCAAAUAUAAGGUCCUUUAUAUUUGGCAUUUCAAUGAAGAGUCGAUUCGAUAUCAAAUCUAUGGCUGGCAAUAUUAUACCCGCUAUCGCAACUACAAAUGCAGUUAUAUCCGGGCUCAUUGUCAUGGAAGCAUUGAAAAUUCUUUCGGGCUGUGUGCACAAAUGCAAAACGAUAUUCUUGAACAAACAUGCAAGGGUAAAAAAGCGACUUCUUGUCAGUUCAAACUUAGUCCCACCAAAUCCUAAAUGCUACGUCUGCGCUUCAAAACCAGAGGUAACUGUGCAUCUGAAUACUAACAAAAUGACAGUGAAAAUGCUUGAGGAAAAGAUAUUGAAAGAAAAAUUCGCCAUGGUUGCUCCCGAUGUUGAAAUUGAAGAUGGAAAAGGCACGAUUUUGAUUUCUAGCGAAGAGGGAGAAACUGAAGAUAACAAUAGCAAAAUGCUGUCAGAAUUCAAAAUUGUAAACGGAACAAGGCUAAAAGUUGAUGACUUCCUACAGAAUUACGAACUGGUCAUAACCAUACGACAAAGGGAGGAAAAAGAUCCCGACGAACUGUUCGUUGUCGAAGGAGAGGAAAAUUUGCCUACAAGUGCUAGCAGUGCCUCUUUGAAAGAAAUUGAUGUUAAACCUGAUCGUGUGGACAAAAUGGACACAGCUUCAGACCGAGCUAGCGACCGGAAGCGGAAGUUAGAAGAUGAUGAAGAACAGCAAAGCACAUCCGAAAAAAAGGGGAAAUUAUGUGACCAAGAUAUCAUUGUUCUGUAAUGGGAAAGAGGAUAGCGCUAAUCACGUGAUUCCUCCUCCUGUUUUGAUACCAAGUAUCAGCCAAACUAGAAAAACUAGAAUGCUUAGGAUGGCGACAAACACUUAGGUAUUCACCUACUAAGAACAGUUUUGAAGGAGACGAACUGAUAACAUUUCUUCAACCCGCAAGUGUUAUAUUAAGUUGUUCUGUUCAAACCGAAUGUACCAUAAAUAAAUCACAUAUUAGGAUUUAGUUUUGUAUGGACUCAGAUGAUAAAUAUUUGGAAAUUGGCAACACCCGUAUUGGCUAUAAAUUUGUACAAUCUAUGCGCUGUACAAUGCUUAUGACUGUUAUUUCCUUAAGUAAGUUCGGGUUAGGGGUAACCAUGAUACCCAGCUUUAUACCGAUAUUAUGAUCGGUUAUCCAGAAUAUUUCCUAGAAUCGAGUAGCUAGUACGUUGUUAAAGAUGAAAUGGUUCACAAAAUAAUCGUUUUAGGAUGGGACCGAGCCGAUGCAUCAUAUUUAUCGCAGGUAUGGAGAGAUUUUCUAUAAACGAAGGAGUACGGAGAUAGCAUUGUAAAAAUUUAAUUCUAAUCGUUAUUUAAAGAAUAAGUAUGAAUGACCAUAUUCUGUUAGAUUAAAUACAAUGGCUUUCGCUACGUUUUUGACAAAAAAUUCAUCUUAUGAAAGCAAUGUUAAUAAAGGAUUGGAAUAUUCGAUGUCGUACUGCCGUACCACAGCAGUUUUAUGUUAAUUUACAUUAAAGGAUAGGAGAGUUUCAUUUGAUGUCAGAUGCAUUUGAGUUUGUCCAGGCCCAAGUCUACGAGUGGAGAAACAGUUGAGGGAACUUUUGGCAAGAAGGCAGUACUCUUCAGUACUGAUUCUUUGGGAUGUGGAGUGAUAGCAGUAUAUUAAGGUUCCAACUGCAAACACUUCGUAAACAAACGACCAAGUGAAAAAUUAAGAAACUUUUGAUUUGAUUUUUGCUAAUAUGUUUUGAGAGCUAUGCUGGCUUAAAGUUUGCUACUAAUUAUUUAUAAAGCACGUGCUUUGUUUCUGGUAACACUUGAUCCAAGCUACAUUGCUCAAUCACUGUAUUUGAAGCUGAGAAUCUUAGUAAGUGUUAGACAACUUUUUUAAUUAAUUAAGCUUGAAAAUUCCUAUUGAGUUUGAAAUUAUACUGGGUUUGCAGAUUAUCUUCGCCUCCGCGUUGGCUUUAAUUCAUAACCCGCCUAAUCGUAGGGUGUUUUAUUUCGAAUGUUUGGUUAAAAUGUUACAGGGUGUUUUUGUCGUAAUACUCUGACCCAAAUACAAAUGUUGGUCCUAAACUAUCGUGUUAUGAUAUACAGC